GUUCUAGUUUAUGUUGUUGUUGUUUUUGUUGUUGUUAAGCUAUUCAAUCCAUGGAUAAAUCCACAUCGUUUAAAUCAUUUUGAAAUUCAACGAGCUAACCUGUGAGUUUUAGGGAAAUAUUUAUUCAUUGGAAUAAGUAAAGAUCAAGUGAUCUUGGAAACGACGAAUUGUAUAUCAGUGAACAGAUUCUCAACUGUAAUCUCAAUAAUGAUGAUUCCUCAACAACAACAACAACAACAACAAAAACAACAAACGUUUCAUCAAUAAAAUGAAAAUCUCUUCAAACAGUUUCAACUUUAAUUAUAUUUUGCUAAUCUAACGAUCAGUUUGUGAUGAAUCCAUGUUAUAUUAUUCAAUAAUUUAAUUAGAAUGACCUUAUUUCAUUGACAAGAAGAAGAAAAGAAGAAGAAGAAGAGCGUUUAAACUAUCUAGUAUGAUAAUAAUAAUAAUAAGAAGAAGAAUGAUAUUGGUCCAAUAUUAUCAUGCUAUCAAGCUUACGAUUGGACAGUUCCACUCGUUUAGUUUGUUCAAACUAAUACACGUGAUAACCUACACAUUAUAUGCAUAUAUAUAGAGAGAGACAUUUAUGCAUAGAGAUGUAUGAGACGGUCUCAUUGAAGUAACUAAAUAACAACUAACCAACUAGCCAACGAUGAACAGUUUAGAAUCUUAUUGUUUAUCAUUUAAAACUGGUGCAAUUGUAGAGAAUCCAAUGAAAACUCUUCCAUCGAAAUGGAAAGCAUGGAACACAUUAAUUGAUCGAUUGCCGGAACUAUCGAGAAAUCGCAGUUUGAGAAAAGAAGUAGAAUCAUUACCACUUUUAGAUUUGGAUGGUCUUGAUAAUCAUAAGGAAUUGAGAUUGGCACAUAAAAUUCUUGCUUUCAUAACUUCUGUUUAUGUAUGGCAAGAUGGAGAAGGUGGUGAAACAGAGUCAUUACCAGUUCAAAUCGCUAAACCACUAUUACAAGUUUCUGAUAGACUUGGUAUACAGCCCAUACUGACCAAUGAAGAUCUAGUCAUAUCCAAUUGUAUUCCUUCAACUUUGCCAACAGAAGAACAAAGUUUGAGUUUUUUACAAUCUAUACACAAGCCCACAUAUCACGGAAGUUGGGAAGCGUUUAUAACUCUGAGUGCUGAAUGUGAACUAUUCUUUGCACCCAUAUUACUGGAAAUUAUGAAUGCCAUUAAAGCUCAAGAUCCAUUGAAUGAGGAUUCUAUCACAGAAUGCUUAGAAAAUAUAGUUAAAGCGUUUGUACAAUUUAGAAAUGCAUUAAAGAACUUUUAUGGUAAAUUAAAUUCAGAAGAAUUCUAUGUCGAUUUAAGACCCAUUUUGUGUGGAUGGUCUCAUGGAAAACUUAAAGACAAGGGUCUAACUUACGAGACAAACUCACAACACAUAAACAAUAAUAAUAAUGAGAAGAAUGAGAAUGAGAAUAAGAAAGCCAUAUCAAGUUGUCCAUUUUCUGGUCAACAAUAUACUAGCAACACAGAUCGACGGAAAUGUAUUGGAGCAAGUGCAGCACAGUCAAUAACGAUUCAGACGUGUGAUGCAUUUUUCCAGAUAAAACAUGAUCCUGAGGAUGAAAAAUUCUUCCGUAAUAUGCAGACAUAUAUGAUAAAAGAACAUCGACAGUUUCUUCAAGAUCUAGCAAUGCAUAGUCGAAUCCGUUGUAUAGUUGCUGAAAGCAAAUCUUCUCGUAUGAGAACAGCCUAUAAUCAAUGUCUUCAAUCAUUGUGGAAUUUCCGAAAUGCUCACAUAUCAUUAGUUAAAAGGUAACUAUAGAAUAAAUGUUAGUUUAUUGGUAAAUGAAUAAUUACUUUUCAUUAGAUUCAUUAUACAACCAUCACAAAGUGCAGAUGCUAGAAUAAAACAACUUGAUAUUAAAGGAACAGGUGGUCAAUGUUUAAAUGUCUUUCUUCAACGUGUACGAGAUGCAACACUUUCUGCAUCUUUGGUUUAAUUAACCUGCUUUGAAAUGAUAUCAGUUUAUACAAGAAUGUAGAUUUUUCUGUUUUAUGAACAUCUUGAGUAAAAUAUACUUGAUAUUUUAA